AUGUUAGUGCAAUUAAUACUGUGUAUUGUUGUGGCGUUAUGGCUGUUAUCGCAGAGAUACAAGAAGAAGGAGAUGAUGAAAGUAUGGGAACAGUUGAAGAACGAUUACACAGCUUUGCCACUCAUAGGGCACGCUUAUAUGUUCUUUGGAUCUCAGGAAGAACGAAUGAAAACGUUUCAACGUCUCGGCAAAGAGUCUACGGAGCGCGGAGGCUUAUUGGCUCUCUGGCAGGGUAGCCGACUUUACGUCAUGAUAUCAGAACCUGUUAUGGCGGAGUACGUCCUCAAAACUUGUUUAGAAAAAGACGAUAUCUUGAAAUGUUCCCGGUUCCUCGUCGGAAACGGAAGCGUGUUCGCUCCAGUUUCAAUAUGGCGUCCUCGUCGUAAAAUCUUAGCUCCGACCUUCAGUCCUAAGAACCUAACACACUUUGUGGACAUCUUCUCAAAACAAAGUUCUUAUAUGGUCAAAUAUCUUGGGAAAGCUGCAAAGACGGGGAAUUUUUCAAUAUGGAAAUACAUAAAUACAUAUUCUAUGGAUUCGAUAUGUGAAACGACAUUAGGAGUGAAGGUGAAUGCUCAAGGUAACUCCGAGCAACCUUUCCUGAGGGCCUUCGAAAUAAUUUGUCGUUUGGACUCAUCUCGUUUCUGUCAGCCUUGGCUCCAUAACGACACCGUGUACAAAAUGAUGCCGCAGUACCAGCAGCAUAAGGAUUCCAAAGAUUUUCUUUGCAAUUUCAUUGACCAGGUGAUAAAAUCAAAACGGCAUAGUUUGGAGGAACAAAAGGAUAGCACAGAAGCAGAUCAAAAUGCACAUAGAAACGGCCUGAAAUCAUUUCUGGAACUGCUAAUCGAGUCGUCAGGAGGGAAUAAAGGCUACACCGAUUUGGAACUUCAGGAGGAAACUCUAGUGCUUGUUCUGGCUGGUACUGACACAUCAGCGGUUGGAGUAGCUUUUACAUCUGUCAUGCUUUCCAGGCACCAGGACGUGCAGGAGAAGGUUUACGAAGAAUUGAAAGAAGUCUUUGGUGAUUCCGAUAGACCUAUAGUUGCAGAUGAUCUGCCCAAAUUGAAGUAUUUGGAGGCAGUGAUAAAAGAAACAAUGAGAUUGUAUCCCCCAGUGCCUCUCAUCGUCAGGAAGGUCGAUAAGGAUGUGACGCUGCCAACAGGAUUAACUCUGGUCAAAAACUGCGGUAUAGUGAUCAACAUCUGGGCUGUGCACAGGAACCCGCUCUACUGGGGCGACGAUGCCGAUAUAUUUAGACCGGAACGUUUUAUUGACACGCCCAUAAAGCACCCCGCUGCGUUCAUGGCCUUCAGCCAUGGCCCUAGAGCGUGUAUUGGUUAUCAAUACGCGACGAUGUCAAUGAAGACGGCAACAGCCAAUCUCCUACGUCAUUUCCGUCUCCGCCCAGCCGAGCCGACGGAUCCAACAUAUACACACGAAAAAAACAAGCCACUUCGCGUCAAAUUCGAUGUUAUGAUGAAAGAUAUGGACAAUUUUACAGUGCAAUUAGAACCUAGAUGCAAAUUGAUUUUAUAA